AAUGAAUGCAGACACUGGUAGCAGUAAGAGAAGUGACGAAGGAAAUAAUGAGAAAGAAUCCAGAUUUCUUCCCCAUUCAGCCUUUCGAUUACCGCAGAUUACUCGUAAUUUCACUGGGCACAGGCUCUGCUAAACAAGAAGAGAAAUACACAGCAAAAAUGGCGGCAAAAUGGGGAGUUUUUGGCUGGUUAUUUCAACGAAAUUCAACUCCUAUUAUCGACGUCUUCAGUCAGUCUAAUCAGGAUAUGGUGGAUUAUUACUUAUCCGUCGUUUUCCAGGCCCUUCAAUCCCAGGAUAAUUAUAUCCGUAUCCAAGAUCAGUCGUUGACUGGGUCAACCUCCUCCGUUGAUGUUAGCACAAAGCGGAAUCUGAAUGAUCUUAUAAACAUCGGUCAAAACUUACUGAAGGCUCCUUUCUCCAGAGUUAAUCUGCAAACAGGGAAUUCUGAACCUGUUAUCAAUGGAGGCACAAAUGAGGAUGCUUUGAAAAAGUAUAUUCUUUUUCCAUCUAAUUAA